AAACAAUGCCAGCCUUCCAGAUGAGCCCAGGAGUUUGGGGUGGGGAAACAGAGUCAUUAGAGAAUAUCUUCAGCCCUCGGCCCAGAGAGCAGCAGAGUCACCACUGAUGCCUUCCUAACACGGCAUCCACAAGAAACCUUCCUGCACAGCCUAAUUCAAGGCCGAGAAGACCAGGACUAAAGUUGAAUCUCCGCAGUGUCGUGUGCAAGGGAUACUCAAAGCAAUGGAUUGGCUCCUUUUCAGAAACAUUUGCCUCCUGGUCGUUCUAAUGGUGGUGCUGGAAGUAAACAGUGAAUUUAUCGUUGAGGUGAAAGAAUUAGACAUUGAAAACGGCACUACAACAUGGCAAACCGUCAGAAGACAGAAGAGGGAAUGGAUCAAGUUUGCCGCGGCCUGUCGGGAAGGAGAGGACAACUCAAAGAGAAAUCCAAUCGCCAGGAUUCGCUCAGACUGCGAAGCGAGCCAGAAAAUCACCUACCGCAUCUCCGGGCCGGGGAUCGAUCGGCCACCCUACGGCGUGUUCACCAUUAAUUCACGGACUGGGGAAAUCAACAUCACCUCGGUGGUGGACAGAGAGACAACUCCGCUCUUUCUGAUCUACUGCCGUGCGCUGAACUCACGGGGGGAAGAUCUAGAGAGUCCUCUAGAGCUCAGGGUCAAAGUCAUGGACAUAAAUGAUAAUCCCCCUGUCUUCACCCAGAGUGUCUACACUGCCGCCAUCGAGGAGAACAGCGAAGCCAAUGCCCUGGUGGUAAAGCUCAGUGCCACUGAUGCAGAUGAAGACAAUCAUCUGAAUUCUAAAAUUGCCUACAAGAUCCUCUCUCAGGAGCCUGCAGGUGUGCCAAUGUUCAUGGUGAACAGGUACACCGGAGAAGUCCGCACGAUGUCCAACUUCCUUGACAGAGAGCAACACAGUAUGUACAACCUGCUCGUGAGGGGUUCAGACCGCGACGGAGCUGCCGACGGGCUGUCCUCCGAGUGCGACUGCAGAAUCAAGGUCUUAGAUGUCAACGAUAAUUUCCCUGUCUUAGAAAAAACUUCAUACUCAGCAAGUAUCAAAGAGAACUGUUUGAGUUCAGAACUGUUACGAUUACAAGCAAUUGAUCUUGAUGAAGAGGGUACUGAUAAUUGGUUGGCAAAAUACACAAUCCUCUCUGGAAAUGAUGGAAACUGGUUUGAUAUUGAAACAGACUCACAAACGAAUGAAGGCAUUUUGAAGGUCAUAAAGAUGUUGGAUUAUGAAAAAAUGCCCAAUGUUCUCCUUAGUAUUGGAGUAAAAAACCAAGCUGAAUUUCACCACUCAGUUGCUUCUCAAUUCCGGAUGCACCCAACUCCUGUGAGAAUUCAGGUUAUUAAUGUCAGAGAAGGACCCAUGUUUCAUCCAAGUUCCAAGACUUUCAGUGUACGAGAGGGACUGACAGGACAGUCCUCAUCGAGUCGUGUGCUCGGCACGUACACCGCCAUAGAUUUGGAUACAGGAAGUCCUGCAACGAAUGUCAGGUAUAUCAUAGGGCACGAUGCAGGCAACUGGUUAAAAGUUGAUUCAAGGACUGGUGAGAUACAAUUUUCUAGGGAAUUUGAUAAGAAGUCAAAAUACUUUACCAAUGGGAUAUACAAAGCACAGAUCCUGGCUAUAGAUGACGGCUCUGAGAAGACCGCUACAGGAACCAUAUGUAUUGAGGUUGUUGAUGCCAAGGAUUACUGUCCAGUCAUUUACUCAGAAAGAAAUAUCGUCUGCACUAACUCUCCAUCAGUCCUCAUCUAUGUCAGCGACUCUUCCUACGGGUCUCCCUUCACCUUCUGUGUGCUUGACCAGUCACCAGAAACAACUCCCGUGUGGGAUAUCAGAUCCAUAAAUGGCACUGCUGCCAUCCUGAUGACCGAGCAGACUUUGUCAGAGCAGCUUUACCAAGUCCCCAUCCUCGUGAAGGACAGCUAUAACAGACAAUGCGAACUGCCACAGAUUGUGCAGUUAAAUGCCUGCGACUGUGACAGCAACCACAUGUGCUGGCAGUGGAGUACCACGGGCGUCUAUAACGGGGGCGUCAGCUCGGUUACUGAUGACAUGAAUGGGUUUGUCACUGAUCCCGGAGUUACGGAUUCAAAUUCUGGGCUCGGAUCGACGGGGAUCGGCAUGAUCGUUAUGGGCCUCUUACUACUGCUUUUGUCGCCACUCUUGCUGCUCUUGUGUUGCUGCAAACGACGACAGCCAGAAGGCCUGGGGACCAGGUUUGCUCCAGUACCCGAGGGAGGCGAAGGGGUGAUGCAGCCCUGGAGAAUAGAAGGGGCCCGUCCGGAGGACAGGGAUGUGUCGCACAUAUGCGGACCCACGACAGCCUCUAAUACCCAGGAUCGUAUUGAUUCAUCUGAAAUCUAUACCAACACCUAUGCGGGUGGAGGGACUGUUGAAGGAGGUGUGUCUGGAGUGGAGCUCAACACUGCCACUGCCAUGGUGACAGCAGAGGGCCUGGCAACCGGGGGAGCGGCAGCGGGGGCCUCAAGGAAGAGGAGCUCCACCAUGGGCACCCUGAGGGAGUUUGCGGACCCCGGACUGAACGUGGCCUUCCUGGACAGCUACUUCUCUGAGAAGGCAUAUGCAUAUGCAGAUGAAGAUGAAGGCCGACCAGCCAAUGACUGCUUACUCGUUUACGACCACGAAGGAGUAGGGUCUCCUGUGGGCUCCAUUGGUUGCUGCAGUUGGAUCGUGGAUGACUUAGAUGAAAGUCACAUGGAACCCUUAGAUCCAAAAUUUAGGACCCUUGCAGAAAUCUGCUUAGACACAGAAAUCGAGCCGUUUCCUUCGCAUCAGUCCUGUAUUCCUAUCAGUACUGACCUCCCUUUGCUGGGCCCUAACUACUUUGUGAACGAAUCUUCAGGAACGACUCUCUCAGAGGCUGAAUUCCAAGCAGAAAUGGCAAAGACGGAACCAGUUGUUCAUGGGGACAUCAUAGUGACAGAGACCUACACUACUGCUGAGCCAUGUGUCCAACCCACUACCAUUGUUUUUGACCCACAGCUGCCACCCAAUGUGGUAGUAACUGAAACAGUCAUGGCACCUGUCUACGAUGUUCAAGGGAAUAUUUGUGUUCCUGCUGAGAUAGCCAACACACACAACGUAUACUAUGCUGAGAGAGUAUUGGCUAGCCCAGGGAUGCCUGACAUGAACAGUGUCGGCAUGGCUGAUGCUUGUAUGGGACCUGUGAUGAGUGGUGGUAUUUUGGUAGGGCCAGAAAUUCAAGUGACACGAAUGGUGAGUCCAGACAUUCACAUAAGCCAGACCAUUGGUUCUACAUCGCCAAUGACACCUCGUCACAGAGUAACACGAUAUAGUAACAUACAUUACUCCCCACAGUAAGUGCUCUAUGGUCAGUAUUCUAGAUGGAGACCUUAUACCCUAAUAGUCACCACCACCAUGUCCAUCAAAGACAUAUAAUGUACUACAUUAACAUUUUAACAGUUAAAAACCAUUCAAACAUUCUGUUUUAUGUGACUCUUUGAUUCAUUGGAGGGGUAAAUGGGGCUAAGCACUUUAGCUAAACCUUUUAUUUUAAAUAAUAUGCAAAAAUAACUGAAGAAAAUUUUCUAUCCUUUGAUACUGUCAAAUAACCAUGGUUCAUUUUGCAAGUUCAUGGUUCCUAAGUCCUCUGUAGGAACAGUCUUGUAAAGUAAGAUGCCCAUAUUCUUGAGAGUUGCAAGGGGUCGUACCAGCAUCCACUGGCCCUGUUUUUCUUUAAAGAAAUAUUUCUACUAAAAUGUCUUGAUUUAGGAAGUGAAUGUGAUGUACAUUUCUGAAAGGAACUUGAGAAGAAAUAUGAAGCAUGUAUCUAAAAUCAUUUAUUUUUUCCACAUCAUUUCUCAAGAUAGGCAAUAUUAAGCAAUAGAUCAUGCUUGGUAUAAAAAAACAGUUUGCCAAUUGGAAUUGACUCAUGACAAGAAAAUACACAUGGAUUUUUUUGCACCUUCUUGAUUAAUAUAAGUAGCUGUAAAUUAAAUUAGAAUUGUGAAAACUUAAGACAAGUCUACAAUAAACCAGAUCUGAGAAAAAAUAUUAGCAUUUUCCCUACAUUUUCUGAUUAUAUAAAAAAAGAAACAGAGUUUAAUGUUUUAUUGACCUGGGUCAUAGAGCUGACACUUGGCAACAAGAUAAAAGCACAUCUAUAAUUAUUUAUAUAUUCAACAGUUAUUUACUUAGAAUGCUACUGAAUGUUGGUCUUGGUUCUGUGAAUUAGAGGUAAAGAAGAGGGACAUGAUUAGUGUUUUGUAGAGCUUUUCAUUCAUUUCUAGUCUUAAAACUGAGAUGUAGCCUUGAAAUUCUUACAAAACUAUGUAAGCUCAUUCCCAAGUUGCAUUUCUCUUUCUAAUAAAACUAUUUUUAUGUCCAGUGAAUGAAAUGGAAACACAUGCACAGGUCGCUUAUUUUUAGAAGGCAGGAAGCUGGCUCAAGAAAAAGAAAUUUGGGAAAUGCAUUUACUGGAUUCUGUAAAAUGUGUAAACUACAUAAUAUUAACGAAAAUGUGACUAGAAAGACAAUGUAAACGAGAUAGAUUUAUUUUGAGGGCUCCUUCCUUUUGGAAAGAAAUAAUUAUAGUACUUCUUGGGUUUUUUGUUCCUUUAUGAAUAAAACCAUGAUGGAAUUUGAGCCAUCUCACAUAA